CACCAUGACUACCGCGCAGUCAACUAGCUGCCAGCAGGGGAGGCUGCGUCCUGCUUGUCCGUGAUUUCUUCCAGGGGAGACGUACGGUGCAGGCACUGCAGGAUCGGGCACUGCCAGGCUAAUGCCUGAUGGUACAUGUGUUUAUCGGAUCAUAGAUUCAGAAACUGCUAAUAUUAUGUUAAAGACAAAGCAGCAAGCCAGAAACAUUUCCCUUGAUGUACUUUUGGAUAGUGUGGAGCAAGCAAACAAGAAAGAUUCUUGGGAUUAUACCGGUGGACAUCUAAAUCAUAACCAUCUUUUUAAGCCACCCAUUCUAGAAGAGAAGUGUUUCUGGAUAAGUGGAAAAAAGCCAGAUAAGCAGAAUGAAAAAGUUAAGAAAACGACCUCUAUAAAAUUUAAACUCAAGGCAAGUUUAGUAGAUGAGGAUCCAAAAGUCAAGUCAUUUUGUGUAAAUCCUUCAGUCAUGAAACAAACUGGCCCAUUUACACCAAUAAACACACCAUUUGCAAGUUCUAUUGUAGACUCUCGUUCCCAAACAACAUUCCAAGAUACUCCAGAACACACAGAAUGCAGAGAAUCACCACCAAAGUUUAAAGAGCUUGAACUGCCUGAAUUAAAAUUACUGAGCUUUGGAGAACCACAGACAUCCCAAGAUAAAAGGAAGGAAUAUCGGUAUCUUCCAGCCUACUUCACUGGUCUCACAAAAUCUGACCAGUUUAAUAUGUUCUCACAGUAUGACAGAGAGAUUCUUCAAAAGCAAGACAUAUCAAAAGACUUCUACAAGAAUGUUGCAGUUGAGUGUUAUGAGAAGAAGCUAACCAAGGAACUUUUGAACAUUGCACAUAUUAGGCCUCCUCAUUUUGCCCGUUUACAGAUCUUCAGUGAAACAUUUGAAAAAAUCUUCAAAUAUUCUUCUAUUUUUGGAAAUAUUUUAAGUGAAAUUAAGGCUGCUUACGAUUUAUAUGUUGACUGCUUGUUGGAUGCUCAGUCUUCACCACAACAUGAGAUUUUGAUGUCUGAAAUUUCUGGCAUGAAGAAACGACCUGUGAAAACAGAGGAUGUGGAAGAGGUCAUGCAGAUUGUGAGGGAACUUGAGCACCAGGCUUUUAUUGCCUUAGAGCACAAUGACCAACUUAGAAAUUAUUUGAAGACUGAACUGAACAAUGAGUUCAUAAGUGAAACAGUGCCUGAUGAAGCUUCUCAGUUACAUUCAAGAGAAACAGAUCUAACCAGUGAAAAAUGUCAUUCAAGUGAGACAGAGGUUUUUGUGGCAAAGAGAAAUGAAGUAUUAAAAACAUUGCUGGAGGUGAAGGCUUUGGAGGAAGAUAUGGGUAAGAACCUAACCCAUGCAGUAAAUGUUGAAGCUGUGGAACAGUACAUUAAAGAUAUGCAGACAGAAACCUUGAAACUUCAGUCAUCAAAUGAUUUUCUUCAUCGAGCAAAUAAGGACCUUGAUUCUGAAAUAAAACGAGGGCUAAUGAAACAAAAACUUACUUUAGAUAAACAAGAAGAGAUUAAGAUCCUGAUGGAGUUCUUCUUAAACCCACCAGAUUUAUGAAGCAAGCUACCAUAUAAAUGUUUACAUCGACAUGUAGUGGAUGAAUGAGUUUAUCGUUUGUCCCAUUUGUGUAAUAUUCUAUUGCUUACAAGGUCUAUGGAAAACAGAGGUUAUGUUGUUGAUUUUCAAAACAGUCAUUUCCUUAAACCAUGGUUCAUUUUAUUUUUAUAGUGAUUCUUCCAGUCAGAGAAAAUCUGGGUCUGUUGCAGCUUGGCCACUAUAGUUGUGAAUGAUUGUAUUAAAGGGGUUUUCCAGUCUUGCGCAAUUUCGGGUGAAUCGAAUUUUGCCCCCACGGAGGCAAUACAUUUUAAUGCUGUACAGAGACAGGUUUCGUACAGCAUUAAAACAAAGUGUUUGAACAAAUUGACUUCGGGCCUAUUCAUUACACAGUGUAUGGAGAUGCAUAAUAUCAUUCCGGUGCUGGAAUUGUGAAGACAACUGAUCUACAGGAGUCGGACCACCCACUAUUUUGAUAUUGAUCACCUAUAGUAAGGAUAGGACAUCAAUAAGGAAGUAUAAAAACAAAUUUCAGAAAUCUGGUAGCAUUAUCGCACACUAGAGCCUCUUGAUGUUGUAGAAAUCAUAGCAGCUGCUACAUACAGCCUUAGCAUUUCUCCAGUGGGAUCUGGGCAACAUUUUAACACAAGUUAAGUAGGUUACUGGUGGCUCACCUGACCAAUACAAUGUGCAGGUGCUCUAGGUUUGGCUGAUUCACCCAAUCAG